AUGCUAACAGCCGGAGAGGAGACCGGAGGAGGCACGACAGCCUCCUCCGAGGCAGCAGGCUCCUCCACCACCGCCGCUGACAUGGUGUCCGACGACGCCACCACCACCAACCGAGCCCAGGCCGCAGACCCCACCACCGCCGCCAGAAGCACCGGCGGCCGGGGACACCCGCCAAAGGUCCGGGGGGUCCUCGGCAGGGAGGAAAGUCCCCCCAGCCGCUCGGGGCCCCAAUCUGCAGAGGCACCACUCGGGGGAUCCGGCCCCCAGCCAGCGCCGGAAUCUUCGGCGUCGGCUCCAGAAGGGCCCCCGUCCGAGACAGCUCCAGAAGCCACCGGACCUAGGGGUCCGGAGCCAGAGGCCACCACACCGCCACGACCCGAAGCCGCCCGCCAAGAGGAGGACGCCAGGCCCGCAGCGGCGAUCGAGGCGCCUGCAGCCGCGCCGGGCGCCGAGGUCGGGCCCUCUCCAGCUGAGCCAGCAGCAGAGAGGGCCGCUGCCGCGGUAGAGGCUGUAGCGCCAGAGGCAGCGGAGGCGGCGGGGACAGCGGCACCGGAGGCAGCUGAGGUUACCAGCGCCGCCGUCCCACCAGCGGAGGAGGAAGAACCGGAGCUGCAGGAGGCACGCAACCGGGAGGUGGCAGCGCUCCAGCAGGAGAAGGCGGCCACACGGCGGGAAGUGGUAGCCCUUGAGCGGCAGAUCGCGGCGGAGGAAAAGAUGCUGGCGGCGUCCGAGAAGGAGCAGGCCGCCCUGGAGCUGGCCAACCAGGCCAAGAAGGCGGCGGCAGUGGCCGACGCGCACGAGGCCUUCCUCGCGGAGCUGGCGGCAUCCCGCGAAGCAGAGGUGGCGGCCCGGCUCCAAGAACUCCAGGAGCGGGGAAAGGCCAUAGAGGAGGAGCUGGCAGCCAGGACACAGAGGCUCCAGGAGUGGGAAGUGGCCCUCCGGGAGAGGGAGGCCAAGGUGGAGGAGCUCCUGGCGGAGUGGAGCGCCAGCGUCGACCGGAUCACAAGUUGGGUCGGCGCGGUGAACCCUGUGCUAGAAGCGCUGGGACCCAACCCUAUCCGGGUAUCGGGGGCCUCUUCUCCACUUGGCGCUGCCCUCUAG